CUGUUAAUACAAUUCGAGUAGUUAGUGGCUAUUUUAAAUUUAUAUAUUAUUUAGUUAUUAUAUAUAUAUAAUAAAAAUUUGGCUUAUGCAAAUUUUUUUAUUCGCUGCAUGGAAGUAGAUGUUAAUGGUGUUAAUAAUAAUAUGUAAUGAUGUAGCGAUGAGAUCUAUAAGCAAGGUACUGGGAUUAGAUGAUUCGGAUCACUCUCCCUACGGCUCACCUGCUCUACUGCCUUUUCUACUUCCCCUGGACACCCACCACACCACCUGGAGUCUCUAGAUUCAUUCCACUCAGCGCGAGUGACCCGAUCCGACUCGUUCAAAAAAGGUAGGGCUCCUCGCCCAGCGGGCCCCAGGUACGCAUGCGAAAAUCUAAAGUUACCGUUGGAACUCGCUCGUCCCCACUUUCUACGCCCCCACCUUCUCGUCCUCUUCUCCUCCUCCUUUCUCUUCUCCUCUGCAAUGCCUCCCGAGAGCAAAUCUCCGCUCCAGAAGCUAAUGGGUGCGGGCGCCUCCAUGUUCCGCUGUGGAUUCAACUCCUCCAAAUUAAAAACGGAGUCGAAGCUGGCGACGGCAAGGAUAAAGCUGCUGAGGAACAAGAGGGAGGUGCAGGUGAGGCAGAUGAGGCGCGACAUGGCCAUGCUUCUCGAGUCCCGCCAGGAGGACACUGCCAGGAUCCGGGUCGAACAUGUGAUUAGAGAACAAAAUGUUAUGGCAGCCAAUGAGAUCAUUGGACUUUUCUGUGAGCUGAUUGUGGUUCGCCUUCCAAUCAUUGCAAAACAAAGGGAUUGUCCUGCAGAUUUAAAAGAAAGUAUUUCUAGUAUGAUAUAUGCUGCUCCAAGGUGCUCAGAAAUCCCAGAACUUAGCCGAAUUCGUGACAUCUUUGAAAAGAAGUAUGGAAAGGAUUUUGUAUCUGCUGCAGCAGAUCUACGUCCUAACUCCGGUGUAAAUCAUAUGCUGAUCGAGAAACUAUCAGUUAGAAAACCUCCUGGUGAAGUAAAGCUGAAAGUUAUGAGGGAAAUAGCAAAGGAAUAUGAGAUCAAAUGGGAUGCAACAGAAUCUGAGACACAGCUUCUCAAGCCACCGGAAGAACUUCUAGAAGGGCCACGCUCAUUUGUUAGUGCCACCAGCAUCCCUGUGAAGCCUAAUCUUCCACCAAAAGAUGUGCCACCAAAUAAGCCUGCUCUCAGGGAAGAUUCUACUAUGCAGUUCAAGGAUACAGCUUCAGCUGCUCGAGCAGCUGCGGAAUCAGCAAAGAAAGCAGUUUCUGCUGCACAAGCUGCAGCAUUCCUCGCCGAACAGAACUCUCAUCCAUUUGAUCAAACAGCAGUUACUUUCGACACCGCAGCUUCCUGUCUCAACAAAUUCAACAGGGCAGAUGGACUGCAGAAACAAUCCUUAGAUUCUUCCACUCAAUCCUCCAUAACAAAUAGUUCUUCUGUCAAUGAGCUCAAGGCCCCAGGGAAAAUGUUCAAUUCACAAAGCUUCAACUUGUCAAACUAUAUGAAUGAUACAGGCAUGGAUACUGACUAUAUGGAUGAUAAAAAGAUACUUAGAAGGAGCAGUUGCACUGUGCGGGCGCUGAAUUCAGAUAUAAAGUUUGAUGACUCUGAUGGAUUAGAAUCAGAUAUUGAUGAAGAAGUAGAGAUGGAAACAUCAACAGAAAGUCGCCCUCCUAAUCGACGACCACCUACAUUGCCCCCGUAUAGCGACCACUCUGAAGAAAAAUCACCUGCCAAUGAUAAAUCAAAUACAUGCUUGGUCAACCCUGUUUCUCAUGUUCAUCCAAAGUUGCCCGACUAUGAAAAACUUGCAGCUCGCUUUGAAGCGCUCAAGCUGCGCAGGUGCUGAAUGAUUUAGCUUAAAGUAAAGCAUCUAAAGUUGCAUUACAUGUAUCUACAUUUAUAUUUCUAAAGCACUCAAUAUACGGUUCGAGUACUUUUGAUAAAAGCUAUGGUAUAUGGUAGUAUCAUUUGUAUCUCGGGUUGCAUAUUAUGCUCUAUAUAAGUUUUGGUCUCGAACAUACUUGAAUUCAUUGGUUGUUCAUCAUAAGUUUUAAGAAGGUUUAAAAUGAUUCUCA